AUGUUUACUCUGUAUGACGCCACCGUGUUCACCUUAGAACGAGAUGGCGCAUCUACAGUGGAGGGUCGAGAUGGCGCAUCAACAGUGGAGGAACGAGAUGGCGCAUCUACAGUGGAGGAUCAAGAUGGCGCAUCUACAGUGGAGGAUCGAGAUGGCGCAUCUACAGUGGAGGAACAAGAUGGCGCAUCUACAGUGGAGGAUCGAGAUGGCGCAUCAACAGUGGAGGAUCGAGAUGGCGCAUCUACAGUGGAGGAUCGAGAUGGCGCAUCUACAGUGGAGGAUCGAGAUGGCGCAUCUACAGUGGAGGAACGAGAUGGCGCAUCUACAGUGGAGGAUCGAGAUGGCGCAUCUACAGUGGAGGAUCGAGAUGGCGCAUCUACAGUGGAGGAACAAGAUGGCGCAUCUACAGUGGAGGAUCGAGAUGGCGCAUCUACAGUGGAGGAUCGAGAUGGCGCAUCUACAGUGGAGGAUCGAGAUGGCGCAUCUACAGUGGAGGAUCGAGAUGGCGCAUCUACAGUGGAGGAACAAGAUGGCGCAUCUACAGUGGAGGAUCGAGAUGGCGCAUCUACAGUGGAGGACCGUACGAACGCUUUCAUGGCGUCAUGA